AAAUAAGGAAGCCCUUCACCCACUUCUCCUCACCACAUCAGAAUCAAAGAAAACAAACCUUUCAAAAAGUAUUGAGAGAGAUAAAAAAAAAUGUCAGGGAUAAUACACAAGAUUGGUGAGACCCUCAACAUAGGAGGACACAAGGAAGAGCACAAGGAUGACCACAAGGGCGACCACAAGAGCGACCACAAGGGCGACCACAAGAGCGAUCACCAUCACGGAGGGUCCAAGGGACAGACUCAACACAAGGGAGGCUUAGUGGACAAGAUAAAGGACAAGAUCCAUGGAGGUGAGCAUGCUGAGGGUGAUAAGAAGAAGAAGAAUAAGAAGAAGGAAAAGAAGAAGGAUGGACAUGGCCAUGAACAUGGAAGCAGCAGUAGCAGCGACAGUGAUUAGAUCUCAUUAAUAUACCAAUAUCUAGGUGUAAUGGAGUGUGAAGAUAACCGAUCCUUUUGUGCCAGUUUAUGACAAAUACGGAAAUUGGUGGAAAAAGGAAAAUUAAUAAAGUCUAUAUAUAUAUAUAUAUAUAUAUAUAUAUAUAUAUGUAUUGCAUGGUGUGGUGUGUGCAGUCCUCAUAGGCAGGAGUUAAUGUAAAUUGAAAUAUUAUAAUGAUAUAUGAUUUGUAUUUAUUGUGAGUCAGUAAUUUUAUAAUAAAAAAAUAUUUUUGAAUUCAAA